UUCCUCCAUUUUCACUUUUCCACUUCUAGAGUGGAUAAACAGUUAUGAUGGUUGUGAUUUUGAAUAUUUACUGAGCAUUAGCCAUGGAGAUUAGUAAUUAUAUCUCACAACUUAUGUCUUUCUGCUAUCUAUAGUCAUUUUGGCUAUUGUCUCAUUAUGUUUUGUAUCUGUUACACAUUGUCUGUAGUUAUGACGUAGCUGGUUCCUUACUAAUUCGCUUCUUAAAGAUAUAAUGAGGUACCUCCUUGCCAAACCUGAUGGUUGGGACUUGAGUAUGUUUACAGGCAAUGUUGAAAUCGGCAAUGGCUAUGGUGUACCAGGAGGCGGUGCUUAUUGUGCUGCAAAUAUGCCAAGUGCUCAAUUGAAUAAACCUAGAGAUGAAGCUGAUAAAGCAAAAUGUGCAAAUGAUCUCCCUGACUUUUUGAAGCAGAGGUUGAAAGCGAGGGGAAUUCUCAAAGACAAGACAGCAAAUAAGAAUAGCACAAGUACACAAAAUGUGGAUUCUCAAGAAGGCCAGACCAAAUCUGCCCAAGGGUUGCCUCAUGGUUGGGUUGAAGCAAAGGACCCAACAACUGGACCUUCUUACUUCUACAAUCAAAGCACCAAAGUGAGUCAAUGGGAUCGCCCAGUGGUGCUGAAUACCAUGCAACAUCAAGCUUCUCCAUCAUUUCCAGAGAAUUGGGAGGAGGCAAUUGACGCAUCAACAUGCCAAAAAUACUAUUAUAAUACAAAGACACAAGCUAAACAGUGGGAGCCUCCUACUUCUGUGAACCCUGGUGUUGCACCUCAUGCCCCUACCUACACUGAUAUGGAGCCAGUCACUCAAAGUGCAAAUCUGUGGAACUCUCAGAUGCAGAAAUGUUUGGGCUGUGGUGGAUGGGGAGUUGGUCUUGUCCAGCCGUGGGGAUACUGCAAUCACUGCAUAAGGGUUCAAAAUCUUCCUUUUCAGCAAUAUCCGUCUUACCCAAACAAUACCAUGCACUCCAGUGGUACCUAUGGUCCCAAAACUCAGGGGAGUGUUGCAGGCGCAGCUAAGGACAGAUCAAGCUCAAAACCUCCCUUUGGCAAAGCAAACAAAAAAGAUCACCACAAAAGAAAUUGCUCGGAGGGCGAUGAGCUUGACUCAAUGGACCCAAAUUCUUACUCGGAUGCUCCAAGGGGUGGCUGGGUUGUCGGCUUGAAGGGUGUACUACCACGAGCAGCAGAUACUACUGCAACUGGACCUUUGUUUCAACAAAGACCGUAUCCCUCCCCUGGUGCUGUGCUGAGGAAAAAUGCGGAGGUAGCAUCCAAUGGUAAAAAGCGCGGAGGUAUGGCUCCAAUAUCUAAGAGAGGCGACAUCAGCGAUGGACUUGGGAGGCAGAUAGUCUUGGUUAACUGAACUCGUUUUGCGACCAGAAUACCUUGGCUGGUUUUGUUUUGGAAGCUGUUAUAUCAUCAGUGCACCUGUGGAGAAAAUCAAGUGAAUUAUCACCUGCAAAUUUUUGUCAGGAGGAAACUCAGUGCAGGUCUAUAUUAUAGCGAACUAACUGGACCAAGAGUGUUGUGAGCUCCAAACAUGACAUUCAUGGUGUCCUUGGUGUAAAUUUUGAUAUAACUGGCAAGAUAGUUCAAUUUGUAUGUGUUUGAAUAAUGUCCAUAAAAGGAAUUAAUUUCCU